UGUAAGGACAUUUUUCCAAGUCCAUUUGUUAACGUACACCCAAGUGCUGUACUGUGCAUGCAGCGGUUUUAUUACUCUGGCAGAUUUUGAAUAUGAUUACCAACAGUACUAGUUCUGGGAAUUUACCACCCAAUUUCUGGAAUCAAAUAACAAUAGCAUUUUCAGUUUCUGUUGUCAUUGGACUCGUAAUUGGAGGCAUAAUCUGGGCUUUGUUGACUUGCCUGUCUAGUCGCAGAGCUAGUGCACGCAUUUCCCAGUGGAACCCCUCAUCUUCUGCUCGGCAUUCCAGGGCUUCUCAUGGAUAUGCUGCCAGCAGGCCAGGAUUUUACCGUAAUAGCAGCUGUGAACGCCGCAGCAACCUCAGCUUGGCCAGUCUUACCUUCCAGAGGCAAGCUUCCUCAGAUCAGGCCAACUCCUUUCCAAGGAAAUCAAGCUUCCGGGCCUCCACUUUUCACCCCUUUCUGCAGUGCCCUCCACUUCCUGUAGAAACUGACAGUCAGCUGAUUACUCUGGUACCUGCAAGCACUACCACAACACUUACUGGGAGCAACACCAGCAGCUUAACUCGUCCUGACUUCCACUGGUCCAAUAACAGUCUUCGUGUCUGCCAUUCAACACAAACCCCGCCUCCUGCAUAUGACACUAUCAUAAAGGCUUUUCCAGAUUCUUGAGUUGGAAUAUUGUAAAGAUGUCAGAAAGAAUCUCAGUUCUAUGAUUUUCUCUGGGCUCUGGGAAGCGGACUGUAGCAGAAAAGAUGUACGGUGCCGAGACAUAGGUUUUUGUAUCACUGUGAUGCAGAUUUGAUGGAAUGAAGUAUUGAUGUCCCUUGGCUACAAGGAUCUCUCUCACCUCUCCCUGCUCACAAUGUUCUGCUCUAUCAUGGUGUAUUUAUAUUUGCCUUUGCUUUGAAAAAACCUAAGAAGAACCCUGCUGGGUCAGACCAGAGGUGCAUGGAUUCCAGCAUCCUGUUUCCAUGGUGUCUAACCAGAUGCCUCUUAGGAGAGGAGAGCUGGUCUUGUGGUAGCAAGCAUGACUUGUCCCCUUAGCUGAGCAGUGUCCACCCUGGUUGUAUAUGAAAGGGAGACUAGAAGUGUGAGCACUGUAAGAUAUUCCCCUUAGGAGAUGGACCUGCUCUGGGAAGAGCAGAAGGUUCCAAGUUCCCUCCCUGGCAGCAUCUCCAAGAUAAGGGCUGAGAGAGAUUCCUGCCUGCAACCUUGGAGAAGCCACUGCCAGUCUGUGUAGACAAUACUGAGCUAGAUAGACCAGUGGUCUGACUCAGUAUAUGGCAGCUUCCUAUGUUCCUAUGGAAGCUCAGUCAGUAGCAGGCCAUGAAGGCAAUUGCCUUCCCCUGCUGUUCUCUCCCCAGCUACCAAUAUGAAAAGGUAUACUGGCUGACCCCAGAGCAGCCUUCUGGUAGCAUGAAAGGAAGAUGCACCGGCAUAAGGGAGAGCUUUUCCACUACUGCUCCAGCUGCACAGCCUCAGGUGCAUAGGAGCAUUGAACCAAUUUUGAUGAUUUGCUUUGGCUCCAAGAGUGCUCAGUUUCACCCAAAAAUUUGUCCCCUGAAAGCUGUACAACCCUCAGGGAUAGAUUUCUGGAUUACUCCCCCCCCCACUUUUUUAAGCCAAAGCAAAUAAUCACAAUUCCCUCCCCUCCCCUAUGCCUAUGGCUGUGCUUCCUUUCGUCCAUUCCAAAUCUCCUGCCAGUCAGUUUUAUUGGAAGACCCUGACUUCUAAUAUUGUGAGAGGGAGAAAAACAUCUCCCUGUUCAAUUCCUCCACAUGAUGCCUAAUUUUAUCGACUGCUGUUGCACACAUCCUUUCCAAACCAAAAAGCCUCAAGUGCUUUAGUCUUUCCUGAUAAGGAAAUGCAAUCAUUGUAAUAAUUUGAAAUAGUUCCUUUAGUUUAGAUGAUGCAUAGUCUAACAAACUGACAUUUUCAAUGACAGAAAAGACAAGCAUAAGAAAAGUAAUCGUUCAUAGGUAGUUUUCUAUUAAUUCUGGAUAAUUCUGUCCUUUUUUUUAAUUUAGGAUUUUCUUUUUCAAAGCCUUUCCCCCUGAAUGCAGGUUUCCAAGAGAUUUUUUUCUUAAUACUGCAAGAUCAUCAGGAAUUCUUAGUGGACAUUAAGAUUUAAAGUAGUUGUAAUCUGUCUCAAAGCAUAUUUUCUCUGGGCUUAUUAUAAACUUAUAACAUGCCUCCCACCUCCCGCUCAAUAUCCCUUGUCUGUUUUGAAAAACUGGAGGAUUAAUUGCUGUUCCAUAGCUUUUUUUUUAGCUCCUAAGUUUAUUAUUUUGCUUAACUUGAUUUUUUUUCUGGAUGCAUGAUUUGUAUUUAUAGCCAGACACAGCAGUAUGUCAAGUAUGUAUCGCAAUUAUACACAAAUGUCCUUUAGACACUGCUUUCUGUUCCUGGUAUAUAUUGCCAAUUCUUCUAUAGGCACUGGUGACCAGAGGCCUAAUUCAUUUAUUUCCAUAUAUGGGGCCUGCAAAUCAUAUCAUUAAGCUUCCACUGUCCCUGGGAUUUCAAUGACCCUGAAAUACCAACAGGAAAUAAGGCACUCUGGGACUUGUAAAGUUAAAGCAUGCCGUCAAGUUGAUUUCGACUCCUGGUGACCACAGAGCUCUGUGGUUGUCUUUGGUAGAAUACAGGAGGGGUUUACCAUUGCCUCCUCCUGUGCAGUAUGAGAUGAUGCCUUUCAGAAUCUUCCUAUAUCACUGCUGCCCAAUAUAGUGCUCAUGGGGAUUUGAACCGGCAACUUUCUGCUUGUUAGUCAAGCACUUCCCUGCUGCGCCACUUAAGGUGAAUUGGGACUUGUAGCUACUGAAAUAGCAUGCCCUCAGAAAGGUACACUUCUCUCUGGCACUCAAAGUACAUGCCUUAGAAUUUCCUGUACACACACACACACACACACACACCUCUUCAAUUGUCCACUAAUUCUGCUUCAAUUGUCCACUGAGUUCAGUGGAAUUAUUCAGAAGAGAAUGGUGAACAAGAUUUCCCCCAAUAUAUAACUGAUUUGUUCAGCCUGUUUGUUCAUUAAUAAUGGACAUGAGUAUUUACUUAUGGUAAUGUUAAAAAUGGUUUGUAACAGAACUUAUGCAAGAUAUUGUUCCAUGUAUAACAUUACAUUUCAUAAGCGAUAGAUGAGAAAGUAUUAUGUACUGUAUUUUCAUCCCUGCUAUAAUCCACACUGGAUAUACACAGAAAUGCUUUGCUUGCUCAGAAUAGGGAAGGUGAAAUAUGAAUACUUCAGUCCAGAACAACUUGUGAAGUCUGUUGUUGUAUAGUAUGACUGGAACUUAUAUUUUGCAAGCACUGUAGAAAUGUUGAAAUUUUAAAUAAAAUCAGAAAUCUUGA